AUGGAAAUGGGUGAAAGGGCCCCCUCCGCCAUUCAAAUUUUAUCAGAGACCGACAAAAGACCUUAUAGACUAUACCAAAGAUCUCCUACAGAAGAAGGCCAUAAAGAGAGUGAAACGACUAAAGUUUCAAGGACGUCUGUUCAGUGUCCCAAAGAAGGACUCGGACAAAAGACAUCUCCCUUUUUAUGGUAUUGGUAUUCAGCGCUACCUCGGGCUCUUGGCCUAAGUCUUCCUUUAAUACCAGUGGGACUGGUUUUAGAUAAGCGAGUGCGAGUUUUGGCAACUCCAGCAAUAAUAUUUGUGACUGCUUAUUCCUUUUUACCACACAAGGAGCUUCGUUUUAUUAUAUAUGUCAUCCCAUUAUUAAAUGUUGCUGCAGCUCGAGCAUGUCAUUACCUUUGGGAAGGACGUGAGAAAUCAGGAAUUCGGCAGGUCUUUGCAUUGGGGGCAGCACUUCAUUUGCUUGCCAAUGUUUCAUUUACCACAUUAUUACUGACUAUAUCAGCAAACAAUUACCCAGGCGGCUUAGCAAUCCACAAGUUACAUGAAAUAGUGCCUCCUGAAACCUUUGUCAAUGUGCACAUUGACAAUUAUGCUGCUCAGACUGGUGUUUCAAGAUUUACUCAGUUAUAUGACCAUUGGAAGUACAAUAAGACUGAAAAGUUGAAGGCUGGAGGCCAGGCGAUGAGAAGCUUCACCCAUAUUCUAGUGGAGGCCAAAACCAAAUAUUCUUACAACCUCAAGCAUUACACAACAUCACAUGAAAUAUUGAACCAUGUUGAAGCUUUUUCUCAUCUUAGCUUCAAUUAUCAGCAGUUCCCUCCUGUUAAGGUUAGAGCAAAACCAGCCAUAUUUUUAUUGCAAAACACCAUCGAGGAGCAUAUUGAUUGGUCUUUCUUAACAAAUGAUAAAACUAAAUUAGACAAAGAAACUGUAGAACAGCAUCCUGAAGAUGAAAUUGAGGAAUCAGUCAAUGUUCAAGAUGAAUUAGGUCACAGUGCUACACCAAAGGACAUCACUGAUGAAGAUCGAAAGGAAGUGUUUUCUGAAUUCAUACAAGAAAAUGAGGAGGAGGAAGAGAAGGUGGAGGAGGAGGAGGGUGAGAAAGAGGAGGAGGAGGGCAAGAAAGAGGAGGAGGAGGGCAAGAAAGAGGAGGACAAAGAUAAUCAUGAACAACCUGAACAUGUUUUAAAUACUGUAUUAGAUGAGAUGCUUGAAGAACCUCAAGAUCCCAGUCUUCCAGAUGUCGGAUGCUUUGCUCCUGAAGAGGAGUCAGAAGUUUUAGUUACAGAAAAUGAUCCUGGUGAAGAGGAGUUUACAGAUAAAUUAUUUCAGAGUUCUGGUUUAGACUUGGAAGAAACAAUAGUGCAUGAAAAGGCUAUAGAAGCUGAACCUGAUAUCAGAGGAGAGGAACGUAAUGAAGAGGUCUGUUAUGAUUGUAGCAGCACAGAAGAUGAAAACAUUGAGGUAGCAGUCACUGAGAACAGUGACAGUGAUAUAGUAAAUUAUCAAGCAAGUAUUUCUAGUGAUAAAGAUUCCAAAGAGAUUGAUGAAAAACAGACAGCUUUUGUGGAAGUUGCUUCUGUGUUAGAAGAAGAGUUAGAAGGGAAGGACAACAUAAUAGAGGAGUAUUCGUUGAUAGAUAUAUUUGUACAGAAACUCAGAAAGUUGUGCUGGAACGCCUUCGUCAUCUGUGCUAUCUACUAUGUUGGAAUGUCCAUCUUUUGAUCUGCAGAAUUGCUUUGUACUACUGUAUAUUUGUCAUCUGCUGCAUAUUACAUCAUGAACCAAGUAUCAAUACUGUUAUGAUAGUUUUGGAAUCUGUAUUGAUAUGACAAUAGAAGAACAAACUGUGGAGUCAAAAUGUACAAGGACAACCAUUUCGUGAACAAUGUAAAUACUCUAAAUAAAACUAUUAUAAGUAAAUACAUUAACAGUAAGUACAUUGAAAUUUGCAAUUCUAGAACAUGGCAUAUUUUCAAAACUAGAUUGAAGGGGAAAAGUAAUGCUUGCUGGUACUUAACUUCAGUUUCAGACAUAUCAAAACUUGAUUAAAGUAAAUUCUUUGAUCAGUAUGUCACUCAAUCAUUCAGUCAGUCUCUCAAGGGAUACCUGGGGCUAUUGAUGUGUCAUAAAAAGGCUGUGAAAUGCAAGACUUGGGAGGCACUUCUCUUUCAGAUUUCCCAUACAUUCAGUAAAUUCAAAUAAAGUACCAUCUGUAUUACUACUUUUAAGUGCAUCACUGUGUAAACAUUGUGCAAUAUAAGUGUUAGUAUUGAUUUCAUGAGUUUUCCAGGUGAUUUUGUAUAUCUUUUAAAUUGAGUUAAACAAUAACAAGUGUUUUAUUGCUGUAAGUGAAAAGAUGUUGUGUUCAUAGAAAACAAAGGCUUCGCUUUACAAAUGUUCUUUGCCAAUUAUGGUAAAUUAAACCAAAUCUUUAACUCAAACUUUCUUAUUAGUUGUUUAAUUAACGGGUUAUGCAGCCCACGCAUGGAGACCCCUUUCCAUUGAAAAUGUCAGUACAUAUUCAAACUUAAUUUUUGUGUGUU